AUGAGCAUCAACACUGUCCUGGGAAGUCGUGUGGUGCAAAUAGUGAGCAAUGGAGUGGACAGUGCUCUCACUAAGUCAGAGACCCUUGUAGACCAAUAUCUUCCACUUACAGAAGCAGAACUAGAGAAAGAAGCUGCAAAAGUUGAAGGCUUUGAAGUUGAAAUUCAAAAGCCAAGCUACUACAUAAGACUAGGAUCCUUGUCUUCAAAAGUCCGCAGCCAUGCCUACCAGCAAGCCUUAGAUAAAGUUAGAGAUGCUAAACAAAAGAGCCAGGAGACAAUCUCUCAGCUCCACCACACUGUUAGUCUGAUUGAGUAUGCCAGGAAUGCCAAUCAGAAACUUCUUGGUGCUCAGGCAAAGUUUUACCAGUCGUGGGUACAAUGGAAGAAGAAUACAGGCCAAAAUGAUGGUGAUGAACCGCAUAGUGCUGAGCAUAUUGAGUCAAGAACUCUAGCUAUUGCACAGAGCCUCACUCAGCAGCUUCAGACCACCUGCCUCACACUGGUCUCAAGCCUACAGGGCCUGCCACAGAAUGUGCAGAAUCAGGUUUACAGUGUUGGCUCAAUGGCAGGUGAUGUCUACCAGAGCUUUCGCUCAGCAUCCUCCUUCCAAGAAUUAUCAGACAGCCUUCUUACUACUAGCAAAGGACAGCUGAAGAAAAUCAAGGAGUCUCUGGAUGACGUGAUGGAUUAUCUUGUUAACAACACGCCUCUCAACUGGCUGGUAGGUCCCUUUUGCCCACAACUGCCUGGAAUUCAGCAUGCUGAGAGCAAAGGUGAAGGGGAGAAUUCCAGCCAGAAUGACAAACAGCUUGAACACAGUGCUGAAUAACCUCCAUAGCAUGCAUUUACUCCACUGACU